UGUGUCUUAUCCAAAGAUCUCUAUACCGUUAAUAAUAAUGAUGUGAUAAAUAAUAAUUUACGAAUCGUUGGAAAAAUUUUAAAAACGUAUAACGGUAAAGAUUAUUUUGCCUUUCGUGGAAUACCAUAUGCUAAGCCUCCGACUGGUGAAAGACGUUUUAAAGAUCCUGAGCCAUAUGGAAAAUGGAAUGGCUUACUAGAUGCGAGAAAAGAUGGCAAUGAAUGUGCGCAACCGAGUAAACUGUCAAAUUCAACAUUUUCUGAAGAUUGUCUCAUAUUAAACGUUUUUACAAAAUCAAUGCAAAAUGGUAACAAACCUGUUUUGGUUUAUAUACAUGGUGGUGCAUACAAAUUUGGUAGCGGAAGUAGUUUAGUUCAUGGCCCUCAAUAUUUAUUGGAUGAAGAAAUUGUUUUAGUAACAUUUAAUUAUAGAUUAGGACCAUUUGGUUUUCUAUCGAGUGAUUCCAAAGAUGCAACUGGAAAUUUUGCUUUUAAGGACCAAGUAUUAGUUUUAAAGUGGGUUCGCGAUAAUAUUAAACAUUUUGGCGGCAAUUCAGAUUUAGUAACAUUAAUUGGACAUAGUGCCGGCGCUUUAUCAGCCACACUUCAUAUGGUAUCACCAAUGUCAAAAAAUCUCUUUCAUCGACUAAUUGCUUUGAGUGGAUCAGCAACUCAUCAUUUUAAAGCACAAAAUUUUUAUUGGACUCAAAAGUUAGCAGAAUUAGUUCAAUGUCCAGAAAAUGAUGGCCAGGAAAUGGUUCAAUGUUUACGUGGAAGACCAUUGAAAGAAAUUAUAGAAGCAUGCGUAAAAUUUGAUGAAAAUAGAUUAGCAGAUUUGGAGUGGAAUGUUGAAAUUGAAAAAGAUUUUGGUCAAGACAGAUUUAUAACCAAAGAUCCAUCUAUAUUAUAUAAAAAUGAAGAAUUUUCUAAGAUACCAGUUUUAAUAGGUAUAACAAAAGAUGAAAUGGCAAAUCAAGCUUAUAAGUUUUUAUUGAAUUCAAAACUUGUGGCAGAAUUGAAUGAAAAUUUUGACUUGUUAGCACCACAAUAUUUUGGUUAUAAUUUUUCUAAUAUGGAAGAAUCAAAAAAUAUUAGUUACCAUUUACGAGAUUUUUAUUUUAAAAAUCAAAAAAUUGGAUUUGAAACAGAAACAAAUCUAGGUAAUUUAUUUAGCGAUGCUUUAAUAGUUCAUGGUGUUCAUCGUUUCGUUCAAUUGGCAAGUCAAUAUAUUGAUGUUUACUUCUUUAGACUUGACUAUAGAGGACGUUAUACAUGUUCAUCACCAAGAGAAAAUGGUGAUCCAUUUUAUAUCGAUCAUGUAGAUAUUCUUCUUUAUUUAUUCGAAUAUCCAAAUUGUGCACCAGAAUUUAAAAGAGAAGAUCCCGAAUAUUUAAUAAUGAAAAAAUUUAUAAAAUUUGUAAUAAAUUUUGCAGAAUCAGGCAAUCCUAAUGGCGAUAAAAACAAAGGUGAUGAAUUAUAUUGGGUGCCAUCUAAGAAAGGAAAUAUAAAAACUUACUAUAUUGAUGAAAUUUCAAAAAUUGAUGGGCCACCAUUCCAGGAUAGACUUACUCUUUGGGAUGAACUCUUUCCAAUUACAGAAAAGUAAUAGAAUUUCAACAUAAACUCAAGAACAAACAAAAAAAAGACAAAUGAAGUUCACGUUUUUGCUAAGUCUGAAAUUUUCAAUAAGCAUAACACACUUUUGCAAAUACCGUCAUCGCUUAACAGGAAAAAUAAUUCUGAAUUUGUUUAUACACACUUGUACUCAUAAAUUUGUCGUGAAACUCGAAAAUAAAUGACAACAAAACAUUGCUUUCGUCAUAAAAAGAUACAAUUUUCUUUGAAUUUAAAAAAAAGCUCAGUUUUUAAAAUUGAUACAA